CUUGACUUGUAUCCUACUCUUUAGCUUUUGAUUUACUCGUUCAUCUAUCUACUCAAACCAAACAAGCUCACUUCUUGCCUUGUUAAAGGUCUCAGGAUCUGAACAUCGCUGCAGAAACUUCCAGGGAGUUUCACCAACAACUUUCAAGAUGGUGAAUGAAUACAAGAGAAUUGUUCUGCUGAAAGGAUUAGCGAACAUCAGUAGUGAUCAGUUUGACAGCUUUAAGUCAUUAAUGUCCAGUGAUUUAAAUCUGGAGAAAAACAUGCAAGAGAAAUAUACCAAGGUUCAGAUUGCUGACUUGAUGGAAGAUAAAAUCCCAAAUGAUGCAGGAUUGGGCAAUCUGAUCGACUUUUGUGAAAACAUACAAACUCUUAAAGGACUUGCUGAAACCCUUAAGGAAGAGAAAUCAAAAGUAAGAGGAAAAACACCACUGAGAAAUAAGAAUCAAGAAGCAAGUUCUGCUACAAAAACAUCAACUGCAAGCAAUACUUCAGCAUCAGAUGGAGGGGAAACUUCUGCAGCUCAGAAAAGAAAAAGUAUGAAUAAUGAAAAAACUGCUGUGAAAAAGGCCAAGGGGUCUGCGAGGCCAAAUCACCCUCCAUGUUCUACAGAAAACACAGCCAGAUGCCAGUCCUCAGUAUUCCAGACCUCAUCUUUGGCUUCAUCCAACACUUCUUUGGAUAAGUCAACCCAGAACCAAAAGACACAGACCCAAAACCAGAGUGCUACCAGAGGUGCUGUUCACAAAAAUGAUGCCAUGACAGUGAUGGUGCUCAAUGCAACAGAGCCAUUUGUAUAUAAGUCAACAGAACCUGGAGAAAAGAGGAUGUUUCAUGCUACAGUGGCCACUGAAAGCGAGUAUUUCCAUGUGAAAGUUUUCAACAUCAACCUGAAAAUGAAGUUCACAAGAGAGAAUGUCAUCAUAAUCUCUAAUUACCUUGAAUUCAAAGGAAUCCUAGAGAUAAAUAAAGAUUCCUCUGUGCUUGAAGCUGUUCCUGUCCAAAGUAUUAAAGUCCCCAAAUGCCUUAUCAGAAAAUCAAAAGAAACUCCCAAGAUUUCUGAUAUUCGCAAAUAUGCCACUGGAACACUGGUUUAUGGGUUAUUUACAUUACACAAGAUAAAGGUGUGCCCAAAGAACACAGUCUAUGAAAUUAAGGACAGCACAGGAUAUAUAGAAGUUUUAGGGAGUGAGCAAUGCUACAACAUCAGAUGUAAGGAAGGAGACAAACUGCGACUCUUCUGCUUUCAAGUGAAAACAGUUGACAAACAACCGAAGCUGGUGUCUGGCAAUCACAGUUUCAUUAAGGCUAUCAAGGCUUGAAAAAAACCACAGAAGAUGGAGAAGAAGUGGCUACCUACAAGAUCAAUUCAGUGCUUUUAACAGUGGACAGCUUUUAAAAUAGAGACACCAAGCAACGGGAACUAAGCAAC